UCAACUCUUUACUAAGCAUGAAUAAUUCAAUGACGGGUUAAGACAAAAGUGUUGAGUCAGAAAAAGGGAACAUUAAGAGUAUAAUUUCAGGUCAGAACACUAAUAUAUUCAGGAGUUUAUGCUCUGUUUUAGAUUCCAUACCAGUUGUUUUGAGUAAAACGUAAUUAGCAAACAUGGUUAUUAACUUUAUGAGAGCAAACAGCCACUUGAUACAUUUCAGUUUACAGUACAGUGAGUUGUUUUUAGUAAGUAAGAACACAUGUGUUUAUUUGAAUUUGAACAUUUAGUACAAAUGGACAGGCGGUAACUAAAUGGACCACAUAUCAGAAGACAAAAAAGCAAAAAAAUGAAAAUGAAAAUGUCCCACGUGCCUCUGGAGUAGCUGUUUCCCCCUCCCUCGGGAUGAAGGAGGAUACUGAAUGGCGACGUCAGUUUUCCUUGACCUUAGUUUUAAAAAUGGAAGCGAGCAACUCAAUGAUACUCAGACAGGGAGGGAAUGUUUAUCCGUUGUCAGCCUAUCAGGGCCCGGGGCUCUUUGAGGCAUACCCGGGGCGAGUCAAUAUUUACACAGCGUUAGCCAAUCAGCGCUUACGACUGUCACUCUAGACCCUCCCCCCCUUUGCCUGCCCUACUGUCCGGAUUGUACUUAAUGGGAAGCUAUAAAGCAGGCUGACAGGUCAUGAGUGAGAAAGAGAGAAUAGCAACGUUAGCAAAAGAACGAAAAAUCAAGACCGUGUAGCACCAAGGAGCAAUGAUACACAUGGAUUGGCAAGCCAAAAGUUUCAACAUACUGUUAGAGACUAUGGAGAAAAAAAAACAAUGGAAAAUCCCCAAGGGAAUCUUUUUCAAGAUGAGUCCUAACCAGUCCAAAGCCAAAGGAGUGAUGAAAAGCAAAUCUCACAGGCCAACUGUGGAUGACGUGCAUCAAUGGGCCCGGUCACUUGACAAGCUACUCGCUCAUAAAUAUGGUAAAGCCGUCUAUUGUGUUUUCCUGAAGUCCGAGUUCUGUGAAGAGAACAUAGAGUUUUGGACGGCCUGCGAGGAUUUCAAGACAAGCAAAUCAAAAUGGGAAAUGGCAUUCAAGGCGAAACACAUUGCUGAGGAGUUUGUCAAAAGUAAUGCACCCAAAGAGAUCAACCUGGACUACGCCACCAAGAAUGGCAUUCUGCAGAGUCUGGCAGAACCCAGCGGUAGCACUUUUGUGGCUGCUCAGAGGAAGGUGUACAGCCUGAUGGAAAAUAACUCCUACCCCCGCUUCCUCCUCUCUGACCUGUACCGAGACCUGCUGCUGGACGUCAAGACACAGGGCAAGAGGAACUAGCUGGCUGCCUGCUGGGAGCCCCAGCUUUCCGCCGCUACCACUGGGACCUGAUGUUGUUGAGUUUGAUGUUCAAUUCCAGACACUGGCAUAACAGACUCUGAUGCAAAUCCAAGUUAGGAGCAACACACGAACCAGCGGACGAUAAAAAAAAUGACUAAGAAGCUACAUUGCAUGCUGGGAUGUUUUUGUCACCAGUGAAAGAAGUCAAGGGUUAUGUUGCUGUUGUGCUAGCGUCAAUACGUCAUCGGCAUGAAAAUGGUAAAGACAGCAAUGUGAAGCUGUUUAUUGCCUACAUUGUGGAGGACACAAUUGCAAUGAUGCUCAAACUUUUGGUUUCUGAAUGAUGAAUGUAUGCGUAGAGACACUGUCCAUUCAUAUUUGAACGUUGUUACUUUUGCCUUUCUCUUCUGGCAAUGUAAAGGUUUAAAAAUGUUAACUAUUGACAAAAGUCAACUAACUUAUUAUUUGAAUUGCCAGUUGUCAUUUACAUGGGUGUCUGUGACCCCAUAUGCCUAUUUUAUACAAUAUUACUAAAAGUUUUAAUAGAUGUGACAUUGUGCCAGGGGGCAGCCGGGUUGCUCAAUGAAAGAUAUUAUUUUAUUUCCUCUGCGGUUAAACAGGAAUUUCUGCUCAAAUGAAUAGUUUUUUACAAAUCAAUUGAUGACUUAUUUACUUUCAAACCUUUAAAGAUGCUAAAUGUAUGAUUUAAUAGCAAUCAUUUUGAUUGUUAUUCGUGAGAAAUGCUUGAAGAUUAUCUGUGGUGGUACACUGCACCCAUGCCUCUGUAUGAGACAGAUUUUAGACCACUCCUAGCUCAUAUUUGAUUGGUUUGGGGAAAUCCAUCUUGGUUUAUCAGAGUCAAAUGCAACACUUCGCGAUGGCGAGCAAUAGAGGGGCCUUUUUUUUCCAGUUGCUUAUUUUCACAGGAACAAGUUGUAAGAGGAUAGGAAACAUCAGGCACACUACACGACACCAAAUCUAAAUCUGCCGUGCUUACACACACACACACUUCUUGACCAAACAUUAGUAACAGUCGAACACUGUCUUUUUGCUGUGGCUCUGAACCCUAUAGUAUACGUAGAGUUGGUGCAGACAGGAGGUGAGAGGAAGCGGAAGCAGGGCUGCAGCGGCCCGAAGGAGAGCAGUGUUAUGGUGUGUGACACCCCUCGGUCGCUCUGAGCUCAUCGUAGAGGGGGUGAGCAGGCCAGGGCACCAUCAUCUAUCUCCCAAAUAAACCUGACGCCUUUUCUGUGGGACAUUGCACGAGUGCAAUAUCGCCCCCUUGUGGUGCAGUACACAGAGGCAGGCUCUCCACCCAACUACACCCCCGCAGUUGUCAACCAUGGCCACCUCGCUACUGCUUUUAAGGUCCAUCAAAAGAACAUGGUAUAAUAUUACAAAGGUGAUUUGACAGGUGAUUUGAGUUGUUCAGUAAUAUUUUACAGAACUAAUAAAAGUAGGCCUGCUGCAACUAUAUAAACACGUUUCUCUCUGCUA